AUGCUAAAAUUAAAUUUAUUUACUUCGGGUUUCGACUGGAUUUCCAUAACUUUGAUAUUUCUAUUCCUUUAUGUAUCAAAAUAUUAUUAUAAUUAUUGUAAACGUGAAAAUCCUCUACCGGGGCCACUUCCACUUCCAAUUAUUGGAAACCUUCAUCAAGCAAUAUUUCAUAAGAUAGGCGAUAUUGAUUUUGGAACAUGGUCUUUUCAUCUUCGCGAAAAAUAUGGGGAAACAUUUGAAGUUUAUUUAGGGUCGUUACGCACUGUAGUCACAGGCGAUCCUGAAUCUUUAGAUAAAAUUUAUAACCCAUCUUUAAAAAAUAGAUUUUUUGUUCGCCCGAAAGUGAAUGGGCUUUCUGAGUUAGAGAUGAAUGAUGGUCUUAUAUUUAACAAUGAUAAAAAAUCCUGGAGCCGAAAUCGAAAAUUCGUUUCACAAACUUUGCAGUCGCCAAAAUUCUUGCGUGAGUUUGCCGGCAUCACACAAGAUUUAUUUGAUAAAGUUGAAUGUAAUUGGACAUCUGGAGUGGUAAUUGACUUUGCUACUUGGAUUAGAUGUUUUAUGACCGAUAUCUUAUCUUCGACUCUAACUGGGAGUCCAGCUGUGUGUCCAUUGUCAUGUAGCAUAUCGAAAUCUGAAUAUACACCAGAGAUGAAAAAGUCAUAUGAAUUCCUUGAAAGUCUGAAAACAUGGUUCAAUUCCCUUCCAUUCUUUGUAGCUAUACCUCGAUAUCUACGAUAUAACCUUCCUAUAUUAAGUUCAAUAAACAGACAUUAUCUUAAUAAUGCGAAACGCUUAGAAGACGAGAUUCUAGAGAAAGUUAUAAAACGUCGUGAACAAUUAGAAAGCCUUCCCGGGGGUCAAGCGGUCGGAGACGGAUUACUGGAUAUGCUAUUGACUAUGAAUAUAAGAGACCAUAAUGAACCUGCCGAAGAUGAUGAACCAAUGAAAGAUGAAGAAAUACGCGACAAUGUUAUGGAUAUCUCACUUACUAGUUCAGACUCGACUGGGAAUUCCUUCUGUUAUUUCAUAUAUCACAUCUUCCAUAAUCCUCUAUGCAAAGAACGUUUAUUAGAAGAAAUUGAUUCUAUUUUUGCUAACGAUAUGACGCGUCCUGUUACAUCUAAUGACCUAGAAAAACUUGUCUAUAUGGAAGCAGCAAUUAAAGAAACCUUACGUAUGUUUCCAGUUACUCCUCUAGUUCCGCGAUCACUCACAAAUCCAGAAACCCUAUUAGGAUAUAAUUGGCCGGCUGGGCAACUAUUUUUUAUAUCCCAAUAUAGUCUAAUGCAUAAUAAAAACGUUUGGGAAGAACCCCACAAGUUUAACCCGGACCGAUUUCUCAAAGAUACAGAAAAAAUCCAGAAAAAAUUUUUUGUUCCUUUUGGUGGUGGAUGUAGGAUUUGCCCCGGAAG